AUGGCUUUAAUUCUGAAAUAUUUUGUAGCUGGUUUAGUGAGAUAUUGGCUUAUUCACACAGAUUAUUGGCAGACAAUUGCAAACCGAGUUGAAAUAGCAACGCCUCUAAACUCAUGGAAAAGGUUAAUUGAGGGAAUUUAUUUAUAUGAUCAUGGGAUAGAUCCAUACGAAGGAGACUCCUUUCAUGAGUCUCCCAUUAUGCUGCUGUUUUUUCAAUUCUUGUUGAAAAAAGUACCAUACCUCUUACCGGUUAUAUUUACUUUUAUGGAUAUAUUAACUGCACAUAUUCUGUAUAAGACAUCAAAGGCAUUUGUGCAAAUUUUUGAAGAAUCACAAGAUAAGAUAAAAGAAUAUGUUGCAAAAGAAUCUAAAACAAUGCUCCUUAGUAAGUUACAGCUAAAUGAAGCUCCUGACUCUGUGCUAUCUGUUUAUUUAUUUAACCCUUAUUCUGUGUUGAACUGCGCGGGAAUGACAAGUACUGUUAUCCAAAAUUUGUUAGUAAGCGUGUCUUUAUGGGGAGCUGCAAGUGGACAAAGAUGGUUAGCUUGCACAUUCAUCGCCUUGGCUACACAUCAAGCUCUCUACCCUAUUCUCCUGGUUGUACCUAUAUCAAUUUUACUAGCAAACAUAAAUAAGGGAUGCAAUAAGUGUUCUUAUAUAAAAACACUUUUAGUCUUUGUAUUAUGCUGGGGUUUCCUAAUAUACAUCUCAGCCUAUAUCAUGAAUGGCUCAUAUAGUUAUGUUUACAAUACUUAUGGAUUUAUAUUAACUGUUCCAGAUUUAAAACCGAAUAUUGGUCUUUUCUGGUAUUUCUUUACGGAAAUGUUUGAACAUUUUCGAUUGCUCUUUGUUUGUGCAUUUCAAAUCAACGCACUGGCUCUCUAUGUCAUUCCAUUGACAUUGAGGUUUAAUAAGGAGCCAGUAUUACUGACGACUGUUCUGAUUGCUCUUUCAACAAUAUUCAGAUCAUAUCCAUGUGUGGGUGAUGUUGGCUUCUACUUGGCCCUUUUGCCAUUGUGGAAACAUCUUUUUACAUUUAUGCAACAGAAGUUUAUCGUGGGCUGUGCCUUUAUCAUUACAUCUGUACUCGGACCAACAGUUUGGCAUCUAUGGAUAUACUCCGGUUCAGCAAAUGCCAAUUUUUUCUUUGGAGUCACUCUAUCAUUUGCAACUGCUCAAAUUUUCCUCAUCACAGACCUUUUAUUCGCCUAUAUCAAGAGAGAAUUUACUCUUAAACAUGGGUCGUCUCGUCAAAUUGAUGGCAAGCCAGCUAAGUUAGUUCUUCGAUAAUUCAGAUUUUUGAUUUGAGUAAAUAUUGUAUAAUGCAUUUAAUUUACAGAACAAAUUAAGAAUAGACACAAUUUUGUGUAUUUCAAGAAGUUUUCCUGUUUUUUAAUUUAUUUGUAUCACUUUAAUCAUUUUGGUUGUGAUAUUAGAAAAAAGUAUAUAUUAUUUAAAAAAAAAAUCUUUUUUUAAGUAAGUAAACAAAACCGCCAGUUUUGAAUAUUAUUAAGUCCUUAAUGAUUUUUUUUUGUGUCAAAGGGCUUCUUUUAAUGGUUGCCGUUUAAGCUAUCUCAUGUAUCACGGUAUACAAAGCAUAAAAGUUUAAAAUGUUCACCAUCAAAUUCAAAUUUAUUUAUGGGAUAUUUUUAUUCACAAUUAUAAAUCUAAAAGCUAUAGUUCAUUAAUUGAGGCGAAACAGGUCCUAAUGUCCUACUUUACAAUUUGUUGUUUGUCUAUUUGUAACUUAUGUAAAAAAACUACCCAGAACUGGUGAAACAGGCCCUUGAGAUUAGGUUUAAGACAUAUUUCUAAUAUGAAAAGAUUUAAUUUCAAUAUCAAAUACGUUAAACUUUUUAAUAUAUGGAAUAUCUUCAAUAUUGUAGAACUUCAACAUUAUUUCUGAAUUCUCUGAUAUAAUAUAUAUUUUAUUAUAUCUAGGUUGAUAGAACUUCAAAUUUUAUGUAUAUUCCCUAGAUUUCUAACCAGCUAAAAAUAAAUACAUAUUUCAAUUUUAAACUAAAAAUUAAAUUAUUAGAAGACAAUAGACAAAAUAUUUAAUCUGUAAUUACUAAAGGCGUAUCAAAAGUUUAUUAUAACUGUAAAUAAUCUGUUAAAUUUUAGUAUAACUAAUUUAUAUUUUACAGAAGAGAUAUUGACUGUUUGAUUAUAAAAGCUAGUUGUAAAUGAACUUCUCAUGUACUAAUGUCAAUAAAACCAUUUAUUUUUAAAAAAA